AUGGAUCGAAGAACGUACGAAAGUCCCAUGGAGUGGGAAUACCAAGAUCAGAGGGGCCCAUUGGAUGCCACCAGUCCAUUUUCUCAAGUCGCCAAAAGCCAGGCGACACGCAUCGAUUUCAGUUCUCCCAGCAAGUUGAGCUCCAGCCGACCGAACCCGUUUGCCAACAGCCCAUCGAAGCCCUUGCCUCCGUUGCCGCAAACCUCCCUCUUCUCGCCACGCAUCCAACACACCAGCACGGCACCCCCAUUCAGGAAUCCCGCCUUCACGACGCCACGCAAGCCUUUCGAUGAGACACUCUUCUCGGAGGCUGAGAGCAGUCCCGCGCUGACUGAAGCCUCGGAUCUUCCCAACGACACACCCGACGUUGAUCGCACUACGGACCUCAACAUGGGCGGCAUGUCUCCUUCCAGGAUCAACAAGAACCUGCGCUAUGCAAGGUCACCCGGCCAACACCUCAAGCGACAUAUGCCGGGCAAAGGCGAGAUCUCACGAGCUCACCGCGACCACGCUGGGGCGCUGCGCAAGCGCAAGCGGCAUAACUAUGACCGGGAUGUCGGUAAUGUGCGUUACGACUCGUCGCGAGAGACGUCUGCAUCUGAUUCGGAGGACGAUGAUGGAUAUCAACGGCAGAAACAGGGCGCCAAGGGCUCGAAGAAGAAGUCAGGCGCGUCAAAAGGCUGGUUUGAGAUCAUUGUCCAGACCAUCAACCAGAACCCGAAUAUGCCCGACAACCUGGCCAAAUGGAUGACCUUCUUCGUCAACGCCGGCGUCGUCAGCGUGUUCCUCUACUUUGGCUGGUCUUUGUUCUCCACCGUCAGCACAGACAUUGCCAACGCCCAUGACGCAGCGCGGCGAGACAUUGUCACCAAGGCACUCGAGUGCAACAAUCAGUACAUCCUCAAUGGCUGCGAGAAGAAGGACAGGCCUGCGUUGAAGGCCAUGUGUGAUGAGUGGGACGAGUGCCGCAUUCAGGACCCGGAGUCCAUCAUGCGGGUCAAGAACACGGCCAAACAGGUGGCAGAGGUCAUCAACGAGUUUGCCGGAACCAUGAGCCUUCAUGCCUGGUUUUUCUUCUUCGGCAUUUUGCUUCUCUGCCUCGGACUCAAUGCCUGGAGCCAUGUGCAGAUAGGAACGAGCGCCAAGGCCGUGCACCCCGUUCCUUCCAACGCAGCAGCCGACAUGGGCCACCACCCGCAGCCCUCGGGAUUCCCAGGCGAUUCAACGCAGGCCUACAUGUGGGUGCCGAUACAGACGCCAUCUCAUCGCCGGCAGCUCGACUUCGACGCCGACGGAACAGACACGGACGGCGCAUCACCGCCGUUCCGCAAGACUAUUCUGCCGCCCCCGCAAACACCGUCGAGAAGGAGUCCGAGCAAGGGAGAGCACAGCCGAAGUCCGGUGAAGUACGGGCGAUCCCCAAGUAAGGGCUAUUGA